GUAUGCCAAGGGCAAGAAGGAGCGCCCUCCCUUUGUUCCACACGACCAGUCAACAUCAGAGGAUGAUUCAGACGCUAUCCCUUAUGAACUCCUGUGUCCAAUCUGCAAUGAACUCAUGCAAGACGCAGCAAUUAUACCCUGCUGCGGAAACAGUUACUGCAAUGAUUGUAUCAGGACUGCCUUAUUAGAUUCAGAGGAGCACAUCUGCAUCACAUGCAAACAAUCAGAUGUUUCACCUGACAGUCUGAAUGCCAACACAUUUCUUCAACAGGCUAUUGAUAAAAUCAGCAUGGGAAUCGGAUGGGUUUAUAAACACAAGCAGACCAAACCUGCAGCACUACCUCCACCUAGCCCUCAGUUGUCCAGACCUGCUGMAUCUCUAUCACAGGUCCAGCCCCCUGCACCCACUCCUCUUGAUCCUCCUGUUGCUGCGACUGCUACGCCUGCUGCUGCUGCUCCUACUCUUCCUCAGGCUGCUUCUGGUGAAGGUCCAGAUGUUUCACCAGCUCCUUCACCUGUCCCCGACCAACAUUCUCCUAUGCACUCCACCACCCAGAUCAAACCACCCCCACCUCGGUCCUACAGAGGUAGAGGAGAUCGCCCCCCCGCCCACCUCCAUACAGCUCCACCUCCUGGACCUGCUCCUCAGGUGUACCCUCCUUCAUCCCUGUACCCGCCCCCAUUACAGCCCUACCCUCYUCCAUGCCUGUACCCACCCCCACCAAAGCUCUACCCUCCUCCAUCAGUGUACUCGCCCCCACGACAGCACUACCGUCGUCCCUACAAUUCUGGCCUUAACCUUCCUCCUCCAACUGGUUACCCACCCCAGCCAAUUUAUGCACGUGAACCACCGGGGCUUAAACCUCUCUGGCUCUCCCCUGGUGUCCAGCCCCCUCUAGCCCACCUUGGACCCUCCUUCUCUCAGCCCCAMAGCUCUAAGGAAGAUUUCUCCAGACAAAGGCACCAACAGGACAAGUCCCGGUCAAAAAGUCGUUCUCCAUUCAGCCGCUCUCCUUACACUCUCUCUAGAUUAAGAUCUAGAUCCAGGUCUUACUCUUAUUCCCCAAGUCGAGCCCGCUCCCGUUCACGCUCUCGUGGCCGGUCUUUUCCAUGCUCCCCUCAUUCCARWCACAAUGAACGUAGUUACAGACGUUCACGGUCAAGGUCCCCUACCUGGUUUCGCCACUCUGGCUCUCCGCAGUGUCCUCCUCYCCUCCGGGCAGGACCCUGGGAGGGAGCAGAAGGAAAGGGACCCUUCAGGUCCCGGUCUCGCUCCCCUGGUGGCUUCCGAAGCCGCAGCCCUGGUGGACAAAGGCAUCCUCCUCAGGAGCUGGCGUCUUAUGAACUAAAGGGACCAAGUCCUGGAGGACAUGAUCGCUGGGACAGAGAAAGGUAUCAACAGGUAUUACCCAGAGAUUACUCCCCUCAGGGUAGAGGAAGAAGAGGGAGAGAAGAGAGAGGUGCUCACCCUCACCAUCCUCCAUCCUCUUCAUCAUCAGGGACUAAGUCCAGCACAUAAGACCUUAAAACAAUGUAUGGAUGUAUUGAGUGAGAGCGUGUCUUCGUACAGCAACUACAACACACAGUCAGCCAGCUGUGGUGUAAUGUAUGAUUUUGUCUGUAUCACCUCCUCUGCAUCUACUAUGUCUACUGUGCC